GAGAUUUCUGUCGGGCUGCAGACAGACUGUCGGUUGCCAUUCACUGGCGAAAGAAGAGUUUUAAGUUCGGUGCAUUCUGUUCAGACUGGUUAGUAUGUCAAAGUGGAGUAAAUCUACGUUGCGUAGACAUGUGCGGCAGUGUGUAGAGAACAGUUUGUCGAUGUGUAAUGCAGCCAACGAAAGCCCAGGAGCACCACCGGCUCCCACUGCCGGCUCUCCUCGUGAUGUUCCGCAACAGUCAUUCCGUAUGGUCGAGGCGAACACCACUCAUGAUUUACCUACGGAGAUGGCAGCUCACGAUUUAUCUUCGGAGAUGGUUUCUAAUCGCCUCUACACGUAUCAACUUCAAUCGGUAGAGGAGGCCAACGAACGAACUAUAUCAUCUGAAAGACAUACACCCAUUUCAGAACAACCUUGCACUAUUAUUGAGGGUUCCAACAGUGACAGUACAGAGGACGCAUUUAAUGAAAUCCUUCGGGCGUGGGCUUUGCAUUCGAGUGUGACUCAUACCGAUCUUUCUUCGUUACUGAGGGUAUUGCGAACUCAUCCCUCUCUGUCUUCCCUGCCCGCCUGCGCAAGAACGUUACUCCGAACUCCUCGAAGUGCGACCGGCGUGCAGGAAAUGGGGAAUGGGAAAUACUGCCACUUUGGACUCGCUUCUGGCCUGCAGUACGAGUUAGAAGGGCUACAAAAUGUCCCAGACACCAUUUGCAUAAAUAUAAACGUUGAUGGGCUGCCCCUCGCCAAAAGUUCAACAGAUCAGUUCUGGCCCAUUUUGUGCCUCGUCACAAACUGUGGACAAAGUACGCCUUUCCCUGUCGGUGUCUUCUUCGGAAAAUCCAAGAACCUAUGUGCAAACACGUUUUUGAGGCCAUUUGUUUCAGAGCUUAGUGAAAUACUCGCGAAUGGAGUGGCGGUCAGUGCAAAAACAGUGGCAGUUAAGCUGGAUGCAAUAGUGUGCGAUGCACCUGCCAAAGCAUACAUUCUUGGCAUCAAGGGUCACAACGCGUAUGCAAGCUGCACAAAAUGCGUAACACAAGGGGAGUACCAGCAGGGUCGUGUUUGCUUUCCGCAGCUGGAUGCUGAUGCAAUGACAGACGAACGUUUUCGCUGUGGCACCUUUGAGCAGCACCAUGUCAGUGAGACUAUUUUAAAGGAACUGCCUAUAGAUAUGGUACGACAGGUGCCUUUAGACUACAUGCAUCUCGUGUGUCUAGGUGUGGUCCACAAGCUCCUGACUUUGUGGUUCAAGGGUGACAGAUCGUAUCGACUUGGGAGAAGCACCAAGGACCGGAUCUCCCUCGAGCUUCUGAGAGUGGAACCUUACGUGUGCUCGGACUUCUCCAGGAAGCCUCGUACUCUCACUGAAUUAGACAGGUGGAAGGCCACAGAAUAUAGAACGCUGUUGCUCUACACUGGCCCCCUUGUGUUGUUGUCCAGAAUACCAAGCCACCUCUAUGCAAACUUCAUGGUGCUGCAUACUGCGGUCACCAUUUUGUGCAGCCGCAGUCUUACUGAGCAAUAUGCAAACUAUGCACACCAACUUCUUGUACUUUUUGUUCAGGUGUUCACGACACUGUAUGGACCGCACAUGGUUUCCCACAAUGUUCACAACCUCAUUCACCUAACCAGUGAUGUCCGUGAGCAUGGCCCUCUCGAUAAGUGGAGUGCAUUUCCAUUUGAAAACUAUAUGCAGACGCUGAAAUCUAUCAUCAGGAAACCAGAUCGUCCGCUUGAACAGCUUCACAAUCGUACAAUGGAACGUCGAAAGCUGCCAAAACAGCACAAGCAUACCAGUCUGGAUGUGAAAUGUUCCAUCAUCCACACAGGAGGUCCACUUCCUUUGAACUGCAGUGGGUCCCAAUACAAAAAGGUUGUGGUACCAGGAAGGUUCACCCUGCGCACACAAAAGAGGGACAACACAUGUGUGCUGCAGGACGGAUCAAUAGUUCGUAUUGAGAACCUCGUGUGUACUGAUAACUCAGGCGAGGUCCUUGUCAUUGGAAGAAAGUUCGUGAACCCUGGUGACCUCUACGUUUAUCCCUGUAGGUCAUCGAAGUUUGGAAUACACUCCUGCCGCACAUUGUCAUCCUUGGGUUGCUGGCCAUUAUCCCGUGUUGCCCUAAAAUGCAUUCGAUUGCCGUUCAGGGACCGCUUCGCUGUCUUCCCUCUUAUCCAUACCAAUGACCACUCAUGUUCCGAAUCGUUUCCUCCUCAUCCAUGCUCACGUGAACUGUGUUUGAAGCCACUGCUUUGUACAAAGUAUGUUGAUUUUUAUUUUUGCAUAGGGUCAUUCCCAUUUCGAAUUAUUAAGUUUCCUGAAGAAGGCAGUGCCAUCGCACUUGUACAUGCCAGUUGGAAACGUGACGGGAAAUGCGCAUGGCCAAAUGAGAAAAACCCGAGGCGCCUCGAGCAGAUGGUCUUGAGAGGUGCGGAACCCCAGCCUGACUGGCAGCUGCAUGACUGCAUUGAAGUUGCGAAAUUUGACACCUAUAAGGAAGCACGAAUAAAGCUGCGGUGUGCUGAAGAUACAUCUGAUAUCUGCAGUGACCGCGAGUACGGCCGAGGAAAAAGGAAGAAGAAGCGCAAAGUAUGGUCUGAUGAAUCCCACGAGGUCAGCAGUUUCUCAGAUGACGACGAUGGCAAUUACCAGACAUCCGUUCUCCCGCGACCACCGACACCGCCUGAGACAGCAUUUCUUGGUUUAUACCCCAUGUCAACACCAACAGCUGAACCGGUUCUUCAAAGCUACGUACAGGUCGCUAAUUGUGGCAGAGGCUCCUAUGAGCAGUUGCAAGCCUGUCCAUCGCUUGUUGGCGGUUCCGCACGUCCCAGGCCCUCAUCUCAGCCACAGCCUUCACGUCUGCCUGCCUCCUCGCAACACCAGGUACGCAGUGGACAACCACCAAGCUCUACCUCGCACGCACAUGAAACAUCGCAUCACGAACUCUCAACAUCCCAGCAAUGGCCGUCUACCAGUUUGCCGGCACGUUGCGGCUCAACAUCAGGUCCGUCCACACAGCAGCAUGAAUUCUCGUCAUCGCAACCAUGGUUGCCGCGCCCACCUUCAUUGCAGCAUCAGGGCUCUAUACUGACCUUGCCCUCAGAAGGACCUGAAGCACUGCAACAUGAACCUUCGUCAGCUGAGCCAUGGCAUCUGCACACUGGCGGUACAACCCAGCAUCAAGGUAAUGGCUUCCAUGGUGGGUGCGAAAGACAGCCACUAAGUGCCACAAGUGGCCCACCAUUGCACUGUUGUGAAACGCCACCGCAGACAUUGUUGCAAGCUCAGUCAUGGGACCCUUCUCCUCGUGGGGCUUCUGAGGACCAAGGUGUCAGGGGCCAAAACACGAAGCACCCACGAGCAGCAGAUCGCACAUCAAGCCACGCGUACCAGAACUUAAGCUCAGGAUACUGUCAGGAAACACUAACACUUCUGCACACCAUAAGGCUAGUGCAGCAAAAGCAAAGUGAGCAGUUGCUGGUCAUUAUCAGCAAGCUGAACAGCAGCACCACUGUUGAUCAACUGUCGACUGCAAGCUGCUUCGAUGAGCAGAUUAAAACUACAGAGGAGCUCAUGGCCUUCGAAGAGGAGCUAAAGAACAACCCUGAGAAAAGAAACCAACUUAAGCUCUUUAUGAAAUUCAUAGGAGGCUCUGAUGUAGGAGAGAAAACAAGCAGGAUCUUGUCAAAAUUGCUGUCGAUCAACGUGGGCAAGGAUUUCAGCCUCCAUGGUACGAAAGGGAAACGAAAAUUCACUGACCUCCAGAUAUGGAAGCUGAUGUGCGGUUGCUUGGUGCCAGUGAACCAACAGCAAGCUGAAAAGGAAGGUACUAUGAAAAACGUAGAAAAAGCUGCACAGUCAUGGUUGCGUCAUGCCCCUGAUACCUACAAAAAGCAACAAGCCAAAGCAAGUGGAGAAAGUGCCAGUCAGCAGUAAACAUGUUGCGGGCACCACAUUCAGCAUACAGACAUUGAGCCAGUCUCAUCCGUGCCUUCCAUGACGUUAACAUAUGCUCACGCUGAGUGUAUGUUUGUGUGUGUUUGAACUGUAUUCUUACCUGUUGACCUAUUUUACAUUGUUGUUUGUGAGGUGUAUAGCUGACAACAUUGUGUGUAACUGCGAACUUCCUCUGCAGCACAGAAAUGCAACUGAUCUACCUAACACAAAAUGCGGUGCUUGUGGGUACACGGGAGCUCCUACACCAAACAAAAAUUACCGUACUUUCUAAAUAUUGUAAUGUCUUGUUAGUGUCAUGUUUCUUUUUUAUGCUCACUCUUACUAGUCACAUUUGCACUUUCAUGCCACCAUAUGUGCCUUGAACUCGUUUAUUUUAUGCAGAUGCAUCACAAGACAACGACUUUUUAUAUUGAUACAACUUGGGAUGCAGUUUAGGUGCCCUGUGCGCCCAGUUGUGUUUUCUUACCUAGUCAGUUCUUUCGGUUCUUCAUGUUAGAGGAAUAUGUACUAGAAUGCCGUCCUCUGUACUUCAUUUACUAUUCAUACAACAUUGAAUAAGUAUGUCUUUGAGCAACAACACAUGCUCAAUUUAUAUUGGUUAAAUACCACAUACUGUGAUACCAAUGUAAGUGACACAAAUGCAUGCACUGUUAGGCUUUUUGUCCAGCUUAUGCAACGAAUGAGAGGUUUUUAUUACAGCUAGUUGAAUUCAGUUUUCUGAGUUCAGAAGUCCUGCCAAGUGAAUUCUACGUUUUAUUCACCAGUAUUGCAACGCCACUACACAUUUGUCGAAAGUACUUAACGUUCCGUAACAGUUUAUUAAAGUGCCUGUGUAAACAAAAAAUAGCCCGCCUCACCAUGUGUAGAUCACUUCAUUGUACAGUGUCGCUUUAUUAGUUGCAGGGUAUGCUACGCAUGGUUUCAGUUUUGUAAGCAUGCCGAUCAUGAACACUUGCUUUUAUGGAAUCAUACAGUGUAUUUUCAAUGUAAGCUGAAUACGUCAC